GGAGCAAAAUUUGACGAGCGAUUUUCUCCUCCUUGACUUGACUUGCAAGUACAAUACAACCAAUUUGGUUGUUUGUUACAUAGGAAAACAACGAGGGGCUUGUUUGGUUUUUGUCUUCCACCGCAUCAUUUUCACAACUCGUAACUUGUGAUGCUCUCAUAUCUUGUUCUCCCACAUUAGCUUUGUGUGUUUGUGAAUCUUGGCUAGAGAUGGCAGAAAUUAGGCUCACCAGGGUGGAGCAAGGCCAAACCAAGAUCAAAAAUGUUCCAAUAGCUGUGACCCCAGAAGGGUUUUGGUGCUGCCCUUCUCCUGUUGUGUUUCAGAAAAGCCUCAAGGCCCAAAACCCUCUCAACAAGCCCAAACCCUCUUCACCCCCGCCAAAAACCAGUGUUCAGAAGAAGCCAGUGUCUGUGCCAGUGUGUGAGAGAAGAGCUUCUGCAGCACCUGCCCCUUCAAGAUUGGUGCUUUCUGAUGAUCAGCAAUGUGCAACUGCUCCAGAGAGGCCUCCACCUACCACAUCUGUGGCUGCAGAGAGGACACCUAGGCCCAAAAUUGAAUCUUUGCCAAAGAAGGUUGCUAUUGAGUUUGGUGAACCCGGAACUUGUGAUAUGAAGGUGGUUUUGUUGGGAAAGCAGGGUUUUUGUGUCAAGUUGAGUGUGCACAGGGAUGUUCUGACAGAGAAGAGUUGCUUCUUUUCUGAAAAACUCUCUGAACAAUCCGGUUUGUCCUGUCUCCAAAUCGGUGACUGUGAGGAUGUUGAGAUAUAUGUUGAAACUGUUGGUCUUAUGUACUGUAAGGAGAUGAAGCAGCGGCUUAUGAAGCAAAGUGUUUCUCGCAUUCUUCGAAUACUCAAGGUAGCUGAAUUCCUCGGCUUCAGCUCAUGUAUCCAGUCAUGUUUGGAGUACUUGGAAGCAGUCCCUUGGGUUGGAGAAGAAGAGGAAGAAAAGGUGGUCUCAACUGUACUGCAACUCCAAGCUGAAGGAAUUGGGGUCAAUCCUGUGCUGAAAAGAGUGUCAUCUGACAUUUCUAAUGUCCCAAAAGACACUCUUUCCCACAUCAUUGAACUUGUUCUCAAAAGCAAUGAGGAAAGAGGCCGCCGAGAGAUGAAAUCCAUUGUCCUAAAGCUCCUCAGGGAGAACAACAGUCUUCCAAGCUAUGCCCGUUCAACUGACAUAUGCAAUGACAUGAUUUACAGAUCAUGCAGAAGCUGCUUGGAUUCAUUACUGUCUCUGUUCAAGCAGGCUGCAGAACCGGACAAACCGAGUGAGGAGCGUGAUCCAUUAACAAAGUGCAUAGCUCUUGAAGCUGAUAACUUAUCAUGGUUGCUUGAGAUCUUAAUUGACAAACAAGCUGCUGAUGAGUUUGCACUGAUGUGGGCAAACCAGCAGGAACUGGCAGUGUUACAUGCUAAGCUGCCGACCGUGUUGCGCUACCAUGUUAGCUGCCUUUCUGGGAGGCUUUAUGUUGGCAUUGGAAGGGGGGAAUUGUUGCCGUCGAAGGACACACGGCAGUUGUUGUUGCAGACAUGGCUGCAGCCUCUGAUGAAUGACUACAACUGGUUGCAGCAUGGAUGCAGGUCAUUUGAUCGGAAACUCGUGGAGGAAGGCAUUGGGAGGACUAUUCUCACCUUGCCUCUUGAGGAUCAACAGAGCAUUUUGCUUUCAUGGUUGGGGAGUUUCUUGAAGACUGGUGAUAGUUGUCCCAAUCUUCAGAGGGCUUUUGAGGUGUGGUGGAGGAGAACUUUCAUUAGACCUUAUGUGGAGAACCAAGGUAAUGUUGCUGUGUCUGCUGAUAGUUCAAUGUUGCCAAAGCAACAAGAAUGAAGAAAGUGUCAAAUGGGGUUCUUGAAUGUCUUUCAUUGGUAAUGGAGUUUUUGGUUUAUAUUAAGGAGUUUGAGGAAUUGUAAAGAUAUGUGUUGAUUGCAGAAUGUGGAUUAACCUCCAGCAGCUAACUAGUACUGAGACGUGUCAUGUGUCCCUUGCAUGAGUUGACUCUCUAUUAAUUCUUUGAGGAAGACCUCAAUGAAUUGAUAAAUUUCAGUAAUUGGAUUUUGUAUAAUCUCUUCAAAGAGAGGAAUGGAAUGGAGUUUUUAGUUUUUUUUUUCUUCCUA